GCGGUCGUGAAGCUUCUCGUGACGUUCUUGGAGCCGGACUGGGUGAACCCGUGGCAGACGAAGACCGCGCAGCGAUCGACCGGGUCCGGCGCGGUCAUCAAGCGCGACGCGGAGGGCGGCGGCGGGCUCGUCCUGACCGCCGCGCACGUCGUCGCGAACAGCACCUACAUCCAGGUCCAGCUCGCGAACUCGCCGGACAAGGUGCCCGCGAGGGUGCUCUCGGUGUUGCACGAGGUCGACCUCGCGCUCGUCCGAGUGGACGAAGGUCUGGACGGCGUCGAGCCGGUGCCGGUGCCGACCGACGAUAACGUCGCGCUGCCGAAGCUGCGCGAGAAGGUGUACGUCUUGGGGUUCCCCGUCGGCGGGAACGACCUGUCCAUCACGGAGGGCGUCGUGUCGAGGGUGGAGGUGCAGUCGUACUCGCACUCGCAUCAGAGAGCGCUCGCGGUGACCGUGGACGCGGCGAUCAACAGCGGGAACAGCGGCGGGCCGGUGUUGUCGCAGACCACGGGCGGCUUAGUCGGCGUCGCGUUUCAAGGGUACGCGGGCUCGAGCGUGGAGAACCAAGGGCACAUGGUCCCGGCGCCGGUGAUCAACCGAUUCUUAAAGUCCAGCGAGGACGGGAAGCCGCCGACGCUGCCGUCGCUCGGCGUGCAUCUGCAGCUUCUUCAAUCUCCGAGCCUUCGAAAGUACCUCAAGAUGAAGGACGAUGACUCCGGGGUGAUGAUCACGCACGUCGAGCACGGGAGCUCCGCGGAGGGGGUUCUGCGAGCCGGGGACGUCGUGCUGGAGGUGGACGGGAUUAAGCUCGCCAACGACGGCUCGUGCGUGUUCCUCGGACAGCGACUCGCGAUGGUGUCCAUCUUACAAGCGCGGUACGUCGGCGACGAGGUACCGAUUCGGUUACUCCGCGGAGGUGAGUAUAUGAAGGUCGCGGUCACGAUGAAGGCGCUCCGGCAGCUCGUGCCCAGGGGGCAGUACGACGUCCGACCGUCGUACGUCAUCAUGGGCGGUUUUUUGUUCCAGCCGCUGUCGUUAGAGUAUCUCCAGUCCUGGGGCGGGGACUUAAAAGACGCGCCGACGCACUUAGUGGAGCAGUACUACGACGGCAUCUCGGGCCCGAACAAGCGCGAGGUGGUCGUCUUGUCGCAAGUGCUCUCCGACGAGUGCAACGUCGGGUUC